UAUGUAAUUUAGAUAAAAAUCUGAAAUCAUUAAUUCAUUUCUUUUCUUUUCUUUGUAAUUCUCGCUUAGCAGAAAACCCUAGCUUUUCCUGACCCAUCACUACCGUCUUCGCCGUUCAACGAAGGUGAAGGGGGUUGUUGAAGCAUUGAGGCUUUGAAUUUCUUCUGUGGAUUGUGUCUGAAGCUUUGGAUAAUGGACGGAUUGCAGCAACUGCUUCGUAAGGCUUCCAGAGACUAUCAAUCCGCCUCCAGAUCUUUAUCUGAGAGUGGAGGAGGAGUUUCUGCUUUGUCUUCUGAACAGUCUGGGGUUUUGGUUACCAGAGCUCCCAGCGAGUACUGCAAGAGUGGGGCCUUCCUCAGGGUCUCCAGGUUUGGGGCUUCAGCCGCUAAGAAUGCUGCUCCAAGAUGGGAGGUUGGUGGAUCUUGCGGCAAGUGCAACAGCAGAUUCUUUGGGAAAGGAUUUGGAUGCCAGGACUGCAGAGUUGGAGGCCGUUAAAUCUUUGGAGACGUGUAGCGUUUCAGAUGAGGAGAACCCUGACUCUUUUAGCCUCUCCGAAAAGUUUGUUAUGUUCAGUAGAUUUUUGUGCAGUGGAGGGGUCUGAGAAGCAAAUCCCUUAUGAGAAAAUGGGAGUCAAGAAAAGGUCAUGGGGUUAAGGUCGUAGGGGGAAAGAAGAAAUCGUUGUUGGUUACUUGUUUGGUGAGAGAUCUCUGUGAACUUGAUUGCCUGGUCAAUUUUAAUCGCUUGGCUAUCUCAGCCAGGGGAAGAGGCAGUGGGGUCUCAGUGUCUCCUUCUGUACGAGGUUGAUUUCUUGGUUUCCAGCUGGGUUGAGGGGGUUGGAAUUCUGGGGGUUUAUGGGGAUCUUUGCUAGGCUUCUGGGAUCAUUUUUUAUUUGGAUAGUGCUUUUAGCAUUGGGUGGUUUUAGGGGGUAGGUCUUUUCCCUCUUCUCUCUUUCUAGCCUUAUGAGUUAUGGCCUAUAUUGUAUACUCUGUGUGUAUGUUGCCAUGCCUUUGUGCUAGCGCUUUUUAAUAUAUUCUUUCUUUUUACUCAUCAAAAAAAAAAAAAAAAAAAAACUUUUAGUCAUUCUGACAAUGUUACAACUGUUCCUAAUCAGUGAUCAUUCUAAAUUUAUAGUGAAGGUGCCUGUGUGGAGUUUCUAUAAUGACAUUUGUCCUAUUUUGCCAUAUUCUGUUCAUUUUUCAUAUUAAGCAAUUUGAGAAUGUUGCAACUCUCAGGUUUUUACCUUUGGGUCAAGUUUGUUCUUCACAAUGUUCCCUUCAUGUUGUCUUGCAUGAAUCAUAAUACACCAUAAAUGUUAAGAGACAGGGUGAGUAAAGACUUUGUGGCUUUUUCCCUUGACUUAUGUGUCUUUGGUAUUGCCUUUGUACUCUUGUGUGCUUUUAGCACUUUUUAAUACAUUCUCUUACUUACCAAAAAAAAA